AAAGGAGCGAGAAAACUAAAAUUUAAGAGCACUCGCAAUCUCGCAAAUCCUUACUUUAAAGUGGCAUCCUCCUCUCUGCCGCGCCGACCGCCGCUUCUCUCCUCCACCGUCAACCUCAAAAUCGUAACUUUUCAACUGGGUAACUGUUGGAAGCUAUCAGUUGAUCCGUAGAAGAAGCUCUUCAAAUUUUCCGAGUUCCAGAGUUUGCAUCCUCAAUUCAAGAGUUUGGGAACACAACAGAAGAUUCAAGAAAAGAAAAAAAACCAUGAAUACUUCCUGCAAAGCAAAUACAGAACUCUCCCGCUGUAUCUCGAGUUCGAUUAAUCAUAACUUGUUCAAGAUUGGUAAAGACCAUUCAACAAGAAGACUCUUGCCUUUCUUGUCCAAGAACUGCAAGAAUGAAAUUAAGAUGAGAAGAGGAACUAGGAAAGGCAGAGGUGUGGUUUCUAUGUCGAGAACUGAGGCUGCAGAAAAGAGCGAUGGACUUACUUACAAGGAUGCCGGAGUUGACAUUGAUGCUGGCUCCGAGCUUGUUAAAAGAAUAGCUAAGAUGGCUCCCGGAAUCGGAGGCUUUGGAGGGCUCUUUCCAUUGGGGGAUUCCUAUUUGGUUGCUGGUACUGAUGGAGUGGGAACAAAGCUUAAGCUGGCUUUCGAGACUGGAAUCCAUGAUACUAUCGGCAUUGAUUUGGUUGCGAUGAGUGUUAAUGACAUUAUCACAUCUGGAGCUAAGCCUUUGUUUUUCCUUGAUUACUUCGCCACAAGCCGUCUGGAUGUUGACCUUGCAGAGAAGGUCAUUAAAGGCAUUGUAGACGGUUGCCAACAAUCUGAUUGCGCUCUUCUUGGGGGAGAGACUGCAGAGAUGCCUGAUUUUUAUGCUGAUGGUGAGUAUGAUCUGAGCGGCUUUGCUGUUGGCAUCGUGAAGAAGGACUCUGUUAUCGAUGGAAAAAACAUCGAGGUUGGGGAUGUCCUCAUCGGUCUUCCCUCCAGUGGAGUGCACUCAAACGGUUUCUCUCUUGUCAGAAGGGUUUUAGAAAGAAGUGGCCUUUCUUUGAAAGACAAUCUUCCCGGCUCGUCUCUUAGUCUGGGCGAAGCUCUGAUGGCCCCAACCGUUAUAUAUGUGAAGCAGGUUCUUGACAUCAUUAGCAGAGGUGGCGUCAAAGGGAUCGCCCACAUCACCGGUGGUGGUUUCACUGACAACAUACCCCGUGUUUUCCCAAAGGGCCUUGGGGCUCUAGUAUACAAGAACUCGUGGGCUGUUCCCCCUGUCUUCAAAUGGAUUCAAGAGGCUGGAAGGAUAGAAGGCGCCGAGAUGAACCGGACUUUUAACAUGGGGAUCGGGAUGGUGCUCGUGAUGAAGGAGGAGGCCGCUCUCAGAUUACUCGGAGAUGAUCAUGGCAAGAACUCGGUGUACCGGAUUGGUGAGGUUGUAAGCGGGGAUGGCGUGAGCUACCGAUAAUCGUUGUUUCGAAUUGCCAGCCUUGAGAAGUUCUGAGGUAGCUGAGAUUGCAGAAUUUUUUCUGUUCCGGUUGAAGUUAUGAAAUCCAUCGUGAUUAGCGAUUUUUGCAGGAUUUUGAGGUGAAAUGAAUAUAAAAUUGAAAUGUCGUGUUUAUUACUCCAUGCUAUUGAAGUCUUGUUUAUGAUUAUUUCUGAACUAGAUUAAGUUGCGUUUACUUUGAUGAAAAAUGAAAGGAAAAAAUAUAUUUUAACA